AUGGUCCAGGAAUCUCUCAGCAAACAGAAAGAAGUUAAUUGCUUGAAGUUGAACUGCUCUUAUUGCAGAGAAGCACGAUGCGCCAUUGGAUCAGUCUCUUACACAUGCCAACCGUGGAAAAAACCAUUUUCUUACCUUCUAAGAAUGAGACUUGCAUCAAAGUUGCCUCUUAGAACUAGUUCAAGGGCCCAACAUUUGGAAAGAGGGGACAAGGAUGAUGAAAUCUCCCAUGAUGCAUUCUUUUCGGAUUUGAGUCUUAACUUUAGAGGAGGAUAUAAGCAAUGCUUCCCCUUUGAGAGGGUCCAUUCCAUUCAUUCGCGUUUAGACAUUUUCCGUUUAUUGAUAUUUGAUCAAAUAAGUGAUCAUGGUCAUGCUUUGGCUUUGCACUCACAUUUAUCAAUGGUCAUAAUACGUAUCAAAGACAGCACCUCGUGUGACUGUACAUGGGGCAUUCUCUACAGCGUUUCUUCGCUCAUUAUCGUGUGUUUCGCUUGUGAUGCAACUAUUGCACAUUCUUUGGCAUCUGCAUUUUGUCAAUGUGACUGA